AUGGCGCACAUCAGAAUGACUGCCGAUGGCCAGUUCGAGCUGUCGUCCUCUCCGCUCUCUUCCAUCGAGACUACGGGGAUGGCUAGUGCUACCUCUCGUUCGUCCAUUGAAACCCUGAACUCCUUCUACGAGUCUUCUGUUGGCACCAGCAGCAACGGAGUCGGUAGCAGCAACGGAGUCGGCAACGGAAUCAGUAGCGUCAACGUCAACGAAGAUGCCUUCAGCAACCAGUUCAUUCCCCAGCAUGGUCAUCCCACCCUCUCGGCUGCCGCUGAGGCCUUCAAGCCUGCCGCCGAGGCCUUCAAGCCUACCAACCGUCCCAUGUAUGGCAGCAAUGGCAACCCGAUUCUUGUGCCUCCCACACGCCCCUUCGGACCGGCUGAAUCGGCGUUCACCACUGAGUUCUUCGGUCUCUGCACUCGCUACGUGGUCAUUCACGGUUGCAACACCAAUACUUUGACCGUUGGACAGAUCAAGACCAAGGUUGCUAGCCUCACUGGUGGCAACGGCUACACUAUCACCUUCUCCCAUCCUCACAGUGGUGCGUUCAAGCAGGGCAACCAUGCCUACAUCGGCUUCGACAGACUCACUCGCGCCAUGGACUUCAUCAUGAACAAUUCCCUGAACCCACUUGGUACCCGCGAGUACAUGGCUCUGAAGGGAUACCUUGAUGCUGUUGGCAUGCGUGACACUCGCACUCAUGCGAACAACUUCGAGGGCCAGCUCGUCCUUCAGAUCAUGCUCGUCAACACCCCGGGCUUCGAGCUCGUCCCUAGCGCUGAGGAAUGCUACUCUGUUGCACUGGCCUGGCUUGACGCUGCCAUGGGUGGCAAAGAACUUCGUGCCAUGGGCCCUCUUGGUCCAGUCCACAACGCCAGAGGUCCCGGCUAUGCCUACCGCAUCGAACUCGACUCGCUCACCAUGGCGAGCUUCUUGCUUCAUGCCAAGAACGGCGACGGGGUUUUUGGAACCAACUACAUAGGCACUGUUGAAGCCUACUACCCUACCGGAUACCUUCCGCUUGAGCUCCGUAGAUUCGACCAUCCUCGCCGCGAUCAUCGCCACCACGAGUUCCGUGCAACCAUCAACCGCGAGAACCCCUCCAUUAAUGCUGCCAACGCCAUUGAUAUGAACCGUAUCUUGGCGGGCCUUGAUGUUCGCACAACCGUCAUGUUGCGAAACAUCCCAAACCAGAUGACCACGUAUGAUGUUGAAUCGGUCCUGCGCCUGUACGUCCCUGGUGCCUACGACUUCCUCUACUUGCGCAUCGAUUUCCGCAACAUGUCCAACGUUGGCUAUGCCUUCGUCAAUUUUGCUUCUCCCUUGGACAUUGUUGUCUUCUACCAGCACCUGCGUACCAACGGUUGGCCUGAGACUCGUUCUCGCAAGAUCGGGGCUGUCUCCUAUGCCACCAUUCAAGGCACUGAAGCCCUCGUCGAGAAGUUCAGAAACUCCUCUGUCAUGUUCGAGACCCCCAUGUGCCGUCCUCGUUUGUUCAUCUCUCAGGCGGAUGCUCAUGCUGUGGCUGAGGAUCACGGUGAUGACAGCUACCUUGGCCUAGUUGGCGCCGAAGUCCCCUUCCCGCCGCCCAACAAUGAGGCGAAGCUCCAGCGCUCCCGUCAGAACGCUGAAACGCAAGGUCUUUGGCCUGCUCACUCCAGGGAUGAACACCGCCGCCACCACAGUGGCCACUUCGAUCGCGGCAACCCUCAUGCUACUGGGCCUGUCAGCUACCAGAGUGCCAUAUAUCCUGGCCAGCCGUCCCACCACUAUGUUCCUCGCGGCAAUGCCAUGUCCACCAUCUUGACUCGCAACCGUAACCACGGUGGAUACGCUCGCCGCACUCAUGUGCAGCACAGAGGCCCCUUCUACAAGUAG